AAAAACAAAACACUGAGCAGAUAAGAGAGAACUGAUUUCCAGAACCAGAGCCAACCACAGCGCAUCCAUGGCUUCUUCCCUCUCCAAUUUCUUCUCCUUCCUCUUCCCCACCAAACCCCCGCCGCCCAAAUCCCCGCCGCCCCUCGCUUUCUCUCCUCCUCCGGCGACGGCUCAGAUUCAGCCCCUCAAAUCCAGAGAUGGAUCGCUUACCCUGAAGCCCCAACAUGAACAGGGUCCGAGCCACUCCGAGCCCUUGUCCGCCGAAUUGGCCUCCCUCAUCUGCCCCUCCCUCGCCUUCGCCAACACUCUCUUCUUCAGAUCAGCCUACAAUGUGCAGGUGGUCGUGGAUGAUAACGAGCCGGAGGAGAGGCUUCUCAACAGAUUCCGGCGAGAGGUCAUGAGGGCCGGCGUCAUUCAGGAGUGUAAGAGACGGCGAUUCUUUGAGAACACGCAGGAUGUCAGGAAGCGCAAGUCUCGCGAGGCUGCCAAGCGCAACCGCCGGAGGCGCCCACAGCCAAGAUUUACACCACAGAACAAGCAGGAUGUGCCUGCAACAAAGCAGGAAGCUGAUGAUGACAACUGGGAUUUACCUGAAGAAGACAAUUCCUUAUUAACCUAAUCCAUUAGUUCAGUCUCAUCAAAAUGUUUAGUGUUUUUUGUGGUCAUCUUUUGAUUUUGGGAAGCUGUUGAUAACCUGUAAUGUAAGUUGUUUUCAUGUAAUACCUUCUUGAAUUGGGAAGUUUUUGCAACGUUCCUUUUGAAUGAGUAGAAAUGAUCCUUUUACAUACCAA